GCAUUCGAAUGGCGCGAUUGUAUUCGAAACUUAUCGAUAGCUAUAGCAAUUUCAUCAGAAGCUUAACCACCAUGUGCGAGCCGGGAAUUCAACUGGGAGCGGGAGCUGUGCCAGCGGAUCAGCGUAAUGUUGAGAUUAAGGCCCGCAUUCCUGGCGGCUCGGAGGACUUCGAGAGACGCUUGGACAUUGCUCGCAAGUUGACGGGCGAUAGCCAGGGUGCCUUGAUUGUGCAGCGAGAUGUUUUUUUCAAUUCGCCACAGGGUGGACGACUGAAAUUGCGUUACCUUCAAGCGCCGGCUCGUUCCCAAUUGGUUUUCUAUGAUCGACCCGAUGUGGCGGGACCCAAACUCUCGAAAUUCAAUAAAAUCGAAGUGGAUGAACCAGCCGUGCUAGAGAAAAUACUCGCCCAAUCGAAUGGAACACUUGGAGUGCUGGCCAAAGAGAGACUUCUAUUCAUCCAUGGACAGACGCGCAUUCACUUGGAUGAUGUCAAGGAUUUGGGUUAUUACAUGGAAUUCGAAGUAUGCCUGAGACCCGAACAGACCCUAGAGGAGGGUCAAGUAAUAGCCGAUGAACUUACCAAAACAUUUGAAAUUGAGCAAAAAGAUCUAAUGACUGGUUCCUAUUUUGAUGCCCUUAGGAAGAAUCAAGGCGAUGCCAAAUAGAAAGCGGGGGUCCACUGUAAAUCCAAACACUUAUAAUUUAUAUAUGUUAAUAAAACUUUAAUGUUGUGUGUUUUGUCAAAACUCAAAAACUGGCAAUGAAUAUUUACAAUACA